GAAUCUCCCUCCCCCGCCCCCCGUCCCAGCCCCAGCGCUCGGGCAUCAGCGCCGUUAUCUCGGUGACUCCCUCCCUCCGUCCCUCCAUCACCGCUCGGUUCAUCACCGGGCGCCGCAAGCAAAGUGGCGAUUGGCUCAGCAGCGUCCCAAUGCGGGCGGGCGGACAGCGCCGGCGCAUCAUUGCCCUUGCUCUCAACAUGGCGGCCCUGGGGAAGUCGUGCUGCAAAUCAAUGUUUUGAAGUGAAGAUUUCAUGAUCUGUUUGUUAUAAAACCGCAGGAGAAAUCUGCAGCUCUUUAGAUUUCACCAUGUCUGGAAGCGGGUCCGUCCUUCAGCAAUUUAUCAGCGGGUUGAAGAGCCGCAGUGAGGAGACCAGGGCUAAAUCUGCCAAGGACCUGCAGCACUAUGUUACGGCUGAACUUCGUGAGGUUAACCAAGAGGAAGUCACCUCAUUCUAUGAUGAAUUGAACCAUCACAUUUUUGAACUGGUUUCCAGUUCCGAUGUGAAUGAGAGGAAGGGAGGUAUCCUGGCAAUUGUAAGUCUCAUUGGGGUUGAAGGAGGAAGUGCGACGCGAAUUACACGGUUUGCCAAUUACCUACGGAACCUAUUUCCAUCCAGUGACCCAGUUGUAAUGGAAAUGGCUUCAAAAGCCAUGGGCUGCCUUUCUAUGGCUGGUGAUACCUUCACAGCUGAGUACGUGGAGUUUGAAGUCAAACGUGCUCUGGAAUGGCUGGGAGCAGACCGCAAUGAAGGAAAGCGUCACGCUGCGGUUCUGAUCUUGCGGGAGUUGGCAGUCAGCGCACCUACUUUCUUCUUCCAGCAAGUGCAGGCUUUCUUUGACAAUAUAUUCUUUGCCGUCUGGGAUUCCAAACAGGCCAUAAGAGAAGGUGCCGUUGCUGCCUUACGGGCUUGUCUGAUUCUCACCACUCAAAGGGAGACCAAAGAAAUGCAAAAGCCCCAGUGGUACAAGCAAACCUUUGAGGAGGCUGAGAAGGGAUUUGAUGAGGCCAUGGCUAAAGAAAAAGGCUUGAAUCGUGAUGAUCGAAUACAUGGGGCUUUGCUUAUUCUAAAUGAACUGAUUCGUAUAAGCAGCAUGGAGGGAGAGCGCUUGCGAGAGGAAAUGGAGGAAAUCACUCAGCAGCAGUUAGUACACGAUAAAUACUGCAAGGAUCUGAUGGGAUUUGGAGCUAAGCCCCGGCAUAUUACAUCCUUCACAAGUUUUCAGUCUGUGCAACCCCAACAAUCAAAUGCACUUCUCGGGCUUCUGGGGUAUAACACACCCCAAAGCAUCUCGGUGUUUGGAACUACUCCUGCUCCCACCAAACCAACCUUGGUGGAAAGUCGAUACUGCCGUGAGCAUAUGGAAGUGCGAUUUGAACAGGUGACUCGAUGGGUGCUGAAGUAUCGCAGUAGUAAAAAUCCACUCAUUCAAAUGGCAAUCUUAAACUUGAUUCCUCGCCUUGCUGCUUUCCAGCCCCACUUGUUUACAGAACAACAUCUUAAUGACUCUGUAAACCAUCUAAUGGGCUGUCUUAAGAAAGAAAAAGAGCGUGCUGCUGCGUUCCAAGCCUUGGGUCUACUCGUGGUGGCUGUAAGAGUGGAAAUUAAUCCAUUCUUGCAGAAAAUCCUGGAAAUUUUAAAAGGAGCCCUCCCACCAAAGGACUUUGCACACAAGAGGCAAAAAGCUAUUCAAGUGGACGCGACUGUUUUUACUUGUAUCUGUAUGAUAGCUAGAGCCAUAGGACCAGUUAUCCAGCAAGAUAUUAAGGAACUACUGGAGCAGAUGCUUGCUGUUGGACUCAGCCCUGCUUUGACAGCUGUACUGCAUGAUCUGAGUCGACAAAUACCACAACUGAAGAAGGAUAUUCAAGAUGGCUUACUGAAGAUGUUGUCACUGGUGCUGAUGCAUAAACCCCUUCGACAUCCAGGCAUGCCCAAAAGUUUAGCCCAACAGCUUGCUUCCCCCAGCUUGAUGAAUAUCCCUGAGGCAAGCGAUGUUGGAUGCAUAACCCUUGCACUUCGUACCUUAGGCAACUUUGAAUUUGAGGGCCAUUCUCUUACCCAGUUCGUCAGACACUGUGCAGACCACUUCCUCAACAGUGAGCACAAAGAGAUUCGAAUGGAGGCAGCCAGAACUUGUUCACGACUCCUAACUCCAUCAGUCCAUCUUAUCAGUGGACAUGGCCAUGUUGUCAGCCAGACAGCCGUUCAGGUUGUGGCAGAUGUGCUUAGUAAACUCCUCAUUGUAGGAAUUACAGAUCCAGAUCCUGAUAUUCGCUAUUGUGUGCUGGCGUCUUUGGAUGAACGUUUUGAUGCCCAUUUAGCCCAGGCUGAGAAUCUGCAAGCUCUUUUUGUGGCACUGAAUGAUGAAGUGUUUGAAAUCCGUGAGCUUGCCAUCUGCACCAUUGGCAGAUUGAGCAGUAUGAAUCCUGCAUUUGUGAUGCCUUUUCUUCGCAAAAUGUUGAUACAGAUUUUAACUGAACUGGAACAUAGUGGAGUGGGUCGAAACAAAGAACAAAGUGCCCGAAUGUUAGGCCACCUGGUUUCCAAUGCCCCUCGCCUUAUCCGGCCUUAUAUGGAGCCUAUUCUCAAGGCUUUGAUUUUAAAACUGAAGGAUCAUGAUCCCAACCCUGGAGUUAUCAUUAGUGUCCUGGCUACAAUUGGUGAACUAGCCCAGGUGAGUGGGCUGGAGAUGAGAAAAUGGAUGGAUGAAUUAUUUCCUAUCAUAAUGGACAUGCUUCAAGAUUCAUCAUCACUUGCAAAGAGACAGGUGGCACUGUGGACCUUAGGACAGCAAGUUGCCUGCACUGGCUAUGUGGUGGAGCCUUACAGAAAAUACCCUUCCCUUCUUGAAGUCCUGCUAAAUUUCCUGAAGACCGAGCAGAACCAGGGUAUUCGAAGAGAGGCAAUCCGUGUCUUGGGGCUGUUGGGUGCCUUGGAUCCAUACAAGCACAAGGUUAAUAUUGGGAUGAUUGACCAGUCCCGAGAUGCUUCUGCUGUCAGUCUAUCAGAGUCUAAAUCAAAUCAGGACUCAGCCGAUUACAGCACUAGUGAAAUGCUGGUGAACAUGGGGAAUUUACCAUUGGAUGAGUUUUACCCGGCUGUUGCCGUAGUAACCCUGAUGCGCAUCUUGCGAGACACCUCCCUCUCAAACCACCACACAAUGGUCGUUCAGGCUGUCACAUUUAUCUUCAAGUCUUUGGGCUUGAAGUGUGUCCAGUUCCUGCCUCAAGUCAUGCCUACGUUCCUGAACAUUAUUCGAGUGUGCGAUGCCAAUAUUCGAGAGUUUUUGUUCCAGCAGCUGGGAAUGCUUGUUUCCUUUGUGAAGAUUCACAUUCGACCCUAUAUGGAUGACAUAUUUGCCUUGAUUAAAGAAUAUUGGACACUUAACAACCAAAUGCAAAAUACGAUAAUUCUGGUCAUUGAGCAGAUUGUUGUCGCUUUGGGAGGGGAGUUUAAGCUUUAUCUACCGCAGCUAAUUCCUCACAUGCUACGUGUCUUCAUGCAUGACACCAGUGCAGGUCGUAGUGUCACAAUCAAGUUACUGAAUGCAAUACAACUGUUUGGUGCCAAUCUGGAUGAUUAUUUGCAUCUUCUUCUUCCUCCAAUUGUUAAAUUAUUUGAUGGACAAGAAGUACCACUGGGUCCUAGAAAGGUGGCUUUGGAGACUCUGGAUCGUCUGACAGAAUCCCUGGACUUCACUGACUAUGCGUCGAGGAUUAUUCAUCCAAUAGUUCGUACACUGGAUUUUACUCCAGAGUUGCGUCAAACGGCAAUGGACACACUUUCAUCAUUGGUAUUCCAACUUGGAAAAAAGUAUCAGAUAUUUAUUCCCAUGGUGAAUAAGGUGAUGAUCCGCCACAGGAUAAACCACCAACGCUACGAUGUGUUAAUAUGUCGCAUUGUAAAGGGUUACACGUUGGCUGAAGAAGAGGAGGAUCCUAUAAUUUUUCAACAUCGGAAUUCACGGGGCAAUCAAGGUGACAAGCUAUCAAGUGGACCUGUGGAGACUGGACCGAUGAAGAAAUUACACGUCAGCACCACCAAUCUGCAGAAGGCAUGGGGAGCAGCCAGGAGAGUCUCUAAAGAUGACUGGAUGGAAUGGCUGAGGCGACUUAGUGUGGAAUUACUGAAAGAAUCCCCAUCACCUGCACUCCGCUCAUGUUGGCCGCUUGCUCAGGCCUACAACCCCUUGGCCAGGGACCUGUUUAAUGCAGCCUUCCUCUCCUGUUGGUCGGAACUGCAUGAAUCUCAGCAAGAUGAGCUGAUCAGAAGUAUUGAGCAAGCUUUAAUUUCCCAGGACAUUGCUGAGGUCACGCAAACACUGCUUAACCUGGCUGAGUUCAUGGAGCACAGUGACAAGGGGCCUCUACCUUUGAGAGAUGAUAAUGGCAUUGUCCUCCUUGGAGAGAGAGCAGCUAAAUGCCGUGCAUAUGCCAAAGCCUUGCAUUAUAAAGAGCUGGAGUUCCAGAAAGGCCCUUGCCCUGCAAUUCUUGAAUCAUUAAUUAGCAUAAAUAACAAACUGCAGCAACCAGAGGCAGCAGCUGGGGUCCUGGAAUAUGCAAUGAAGCACUAUGGAGAGUUGGAGAUCCAAGCAACGUGGUAUGAGAAAUUGCAUGAAUGGGAAGAUGCUUUGGUGGCAUAUGACAAGAAAAUGGACAUGAACAAAGACGACCCUGAGCUUGUUCUUGGGCGGAUGCGCUGCUUGGAGGCACUUGGCGAAUGGGGACAGCUUCAUCAGCAGUGCUGUGAAAAAUGGACCAUGGUCUGUGAAGACACACAAGCAAAAAUGGCAAGAAUGGCAGCUGCAGCUGCUUGGGGACUAGGGCACUGGGAUAGUAUGGAAGAAUAUGCUUGUAUGAUUCCACGGGAUACACAUGAUGGUGCCUUCUACAGAGCAGUACUGGCUCUGCAUCAAGACCUCUUCUCCCUCGCUCAGCAGUGCAUUGAUAAAGCCAGAGACCUGUUGGAUACAGAAUUGACAGCUAUGGCUGGUGAGAGCUACAGCCGUGCCUAUGGGGCCAUGGUAUCCUGUCAGAUGCUGUCGGAGCUGGAAGAGGUAAUCCAAUAUAAGCUCGUUCCAGAGCGGAGGGACAUCAUCCGACAGACCUGGUGGGAACGGCUUCAGGGCUGCCAACAGAUAGUAGAAGACUGGCAGCGAAUCCUAAUGGUUCGCUCCCUUGUCAUUGGACCACAUGAAGAUAUGAGGACCUGGCUAAAAUACGCUAGCCUUUGUGGAAAGAAUGGACGUUUGGCCCUGGCUCACAAGACCCUGGUGCAGCUCCUUGGUGUAGAUCCUUCAAAGCAUCUUGAUCAGCCUUUGUCAACAGUUCAUCCUCACGUCACUUACGCUUAUAUGAAGUACAUGUGGAAGAGUACCCGCAAGAUUGAGGCCUUCCAACACAUGCAACACUUUGUCCAGAACAUGCAGCAGCAGGCUCAGCACGCCAUUGCUGCCGAGGACCAGCAACACAAACAGGAACUCCACAAGCUCAUGGCAAGGUGUUUCUUGAAGCUGGGAGAAUGGCAGCUAAACUUGCAGGGAAUUAAUGAGAGCACAAUUCCCAAGGUCCUUCAGUAUUACAGUGCUGCCACAGAGCAUGACCGAAACUGGUACAAGGCAUGGCAUGCCUGGGCUGUGAUGAAUUUUGAAGCUGUUCUUCAUUACAAGCAUCAGAACCAAACACGCGACGAGAAGAAGAAGAUUAGGCACGCCAGUGGAGCCAGUGUCACGAGCGAGGCCAGUAAUAGUGAGAGUGAGGGUGACAGCAAUGAAAACAGCCCUGUACUGUCACCGAUACAGAAGAAAGUCAAUGAGGAGCUAUCAAAAACAUUGCUGCUGUACACAGUGCCUGCUGUCCAGGGUUUCUUCCGCUCUAUUGCCCUCUCAAGAGGAAACAACUUGCAGGAUACACUCAGAGUUCUAACUCUGUGGUUUGAUUAUGGACACUGGCCUGAUGUAAACGAAGCACUGGUCGAGGGGAUCAAAACGAUCCAGAUUGAUACCUGGCUACAGGUAAUUCCCCAGCUCAUUGCAAGGAUUGACACUCCCCGUGCAUUAGUGGGGCGACUUAUACAUCAACUCCUGACAGACAUUGGCAGAUACCAUCCCCAGGCAUUAAUUUACCCACUUACCGUGGCAUCCAAGUCCACUACACCUGCUCGACACAGUGCUGCCAACAAGAUCCUGAAGAACAUGUGCGAGCAUUGCAACACGCUUGUGCAACAGGCUAUGAUGGUGAGUGAGGAACUUAUUCGAGUUGCCAUUCUGUGGCAUGAAAUGUGGCAUGAAGGCUUGGAGGAAGCAUCGAGACUUUACUUUGGAGAGAGAAAUGUUAAAGGAAUGUUUGCCGUUCUUGAGCCUUUGCAUGCCAUGAUGGAACGGGGUCCACAAACCCUCAAGGAAACCUCCUUCAACCAGGCAUACGGCAGGGAUUUAAUGGAGGCCCAGGAAUGGUGUCGAAAGUACAUGAGGUCUGGAAAUGUCAAAGACCUCACUCAAGCGUGGGACCUGUACUAUCACGUGUUCCGACGCAUUUCAAAACAGCUGCCCCAGCUCACCUCCCUGGAACUCCAGUAUGUGUCACCUAAACUACUGAUGUGUCGUGAUUUAGAAUUGGCUGUACCAGGUACCUAUGAUCCGAAUCAGCCGAUCAUCCGGAUUCAAUCAAUUGCUCCUUCCCUUCAGGUCAUAACCUCUAAACAACGGCCAAGGAAGCUGACCAUCAUGGGAAGUAACGGCCAUGAAUUCAUGUUCUUGCUGAAGGGUCAUGAAGACCUGCGUCAGGAUGAGAGGGUGAUGCAACUAUUUGGAUUGGUGAAUACCUUACUCGCCAAUGACCCAGCCUCUCUGCGGAAGAACCUCGGCAUUCAAAGGUAUGCUGUCAUUCCUCUGUCUACAAACUCCGGUCUGAUUGGCUGGGUCCCGCACUGCGACACUCUGCAUGCGCUCAUUCGAGACUACCGCGAGAAGAAGAAGAUACUGCUGAACAUCGAGCACCGCAUCAUGCUGAGAAUGGCUCCAGACUACGAUCACCUCACUCUGAUGCAGAAAGUUGAAGUGUUUGAACAUGCAGUGAAUAAUACAGCUGGCGACGAUCUGGCCAAGUUGUUAUGGCUAAAGAGCCCCAGUUCUGAGGUGUGGUUUGACCGAAGAACCAAUUACACACGUUCUUUAGCUGUGAUGUCAAUGGUGGGCUACAUCCUUGGGCUCGGAGACCGACAUCCAUCAAACUUGAUGCUGGAUCGGCUGAGUGGGAAAAUCUUACAUAUUGACUUUGGUGAUUGUUUUGAGGUUGCAAUGACCAGAGAGAAAUUCCCAGAGAAGAUUCCAUUCAGACUGACCAGGAUGUUAACCAAUGCUAUGGAGGUUACAGGAUUGGAUGGGAACUAUCGAAUUACAUGUCACACGGUGAUGGAAGUGCUUCGGGAGCACCGGGACAGUGUCAUGGCUGUGCUUGAGGCCUUUGUGUAUGACCCAUUGCUAAAUUGGAGGCUUAUGGACACAAAUGUUAAAGGUAACAAGCGCUCCAGGACAAAAACAGAUUCCUACUCAACCAGUCAGACAGCCGAAUUGCUGGAAGGGGUAGAACUCGGAGAACCAGCACAUAAAAAGACAGGAACGACUGUACCUGAAUCCAUCCAUUCUUUCAUUGGAGAUGGCUUGGUACAGCCAGAGGCUCUCAACAAAAAGGCAAUUCAGAUCAUUAACAGAGUUAGAGACAAACUCACUGGUCGUGACUUUGCCCAUGAUGAAACUUUAGACGUACCUACUCAAGUGGAGCUGCUAAUUAAACAGGCAACAUCCCAUGAGAACCUCUGCCAGUGCUACAUUGGAUGGUGUCCCUUUUGGUGAAGGAAUUUGAAAGAAAUGCAAGAUAACAUCUCAAAGGUUGACUGUGAUUCCUGCUGAACAAGCCGUGUUUAUUAAGGCUUGAAAACGUUGCUGGAUUUAACACAAAUGAUGUGCCGGACAGAGUGUAACUCGGUGGACUGCAGCCCACGUGGACGGGCACUGUGACCCGGAGCCUGCACAGAUAGAUGGGAGAAUUAACAGAGCACGUUGGAAGUUUUGUUGGGUACUUGAGCUGAUAACGGGAUCCAAGGCCCUGGCAGACAUUUUAAAAACUGUUGGAGGAAAUAAACAAGGUUAUUUUUAGUACUAAUCCAAUCAAACGUAGCUGAACACCCCAAGACAACAAUAAAUAUUGUAAUUAAUGUGGAAUAAAUAUAAUUUUUGUCCAGUAAUUCUGCUGGUAAACUAUUAGUAAAAUGUCAAUAAAGGUAUCAACCAAUAAUA